CAGUGUGCCAGCACACACCAGCGCAUUACAAACGAUUUCAAAGUAUUUCUUAUCCCAACAUCUCAGGGUAGCGUGGUGACUGAGACCACCUGAGGGCUCUGCACAUUAGGAGACCUGGGUGACUAGAAGAACGAAAGGAUGGCCGUGUUUUGGGCAGCACUUGCAGGUGGACUGCUCUUUGCUUUGCUGUUACUUGGAGCUGAGGGUCAGGGGAACACACGGGGUAAGAAUGAAGUAUCAGGCAGUGCGACCAUCUAUCUGGGCCAGAAGAGAGACAUCUGGAGGCCACUGAUCCACACAACAGUCAACCUCAGUGAGAUCAACAGUAUCAAAUCAUCCUUCCAGCUACGGACGUUUGACCCAGAGGGCACUGUUUUCUAUGGAGACACCAAAAGAGGGGAGGACUGGUUUGUUUUGUCUCUGAAAGAUGGGAUGCCAUUAAUGCAAAUCAGCAAAGAAGGAAUGCUCAUCAGUGUGGCAGGCAGACCCAAGCUUAAUGAUGGGAAAUGGCACACACUGGAGGUGAGCAACCAAGGGAAGUUUGUGAUUCUAGAGGUGGAUGGCUCCAGUGCACUGGUGGUGGGCAUGCAGCCCAAAUAUGAGGAGGUGACUCUCUCAGGUGAACUCAGACUAGCUGUGGGAGGAGUCCUGAUCAACACAGAGAAGUUGAUUGUUCAGUAUGAGCCUCAAAUGGACGCAUGUGUGCGGGAAGGCAGCUGGCUAAACCUCAGCGUCCCCUGGGAGGCCGAGGCGGAGGAGCUCUGGCCCUGUUACCAAAAUGUCCAACCUGGCAGCUACUUCCCUGGCACUGGAUUUGCCAUUUUUAACACCUCAGAUUUCCCCAUAGAGGCAGAUGAUGGGGUUAAAUUUGAACUUUGGGGAGAUUUUAUUGAGAUGGAUGGGACCAUCUUUAGCAUUAAGGCUCCUGGGCAACAGCUCAUGUUCUCUUUGGUGGCCAAUAAUAACACAAAGGAGGUAACACUCACUCUCGGUACAGAAAAAAUAAGUAUGAAAGACAACUUCAAGAGACUGGAAAUAACAUUCCAUACAGAUUUAAUGCAAGUGGUUCAAGAUGGAGAUGAAACAAGGACUAAUAGGCUCCUCAUCAGUCCAGUGAGCCAACCUGAUUAUUUGACCUCAUGGAUGCAGGGUCAUCUUUCAUUUGGUGGACUGUUAGGUGAAGGUGAGGACCCUAUGGGCUCUCAAUUUCUGACAGGCUGUCUGGAGAAGAUCCAGGUUCAAGGGAGGGAUCUGGACCUUGAUUUAGCUAUCAAACACCCGUCAGUCUCCUCUCACAGCUGCCCUGCAUAAACCAUCACAAGUAUGCAAAGGUGUUUAACCAGAGAAGGACUUUGGAUCAAGUUGAUAUUAAAAUAUAAUGUGUGGGAAGAACAAAACUCCUAAAAUUUCAGUAUACAAAGUAAAAUGAAUCAAAACCACUGAUUGUCAUUCUCUAGUUAAAUGUGGUGUUCCUUACAGCUGUGCUUUAACAUGAGGAGAGUUUAUACUCAAAUUAUCUUUAAGGCCAUUUUAUCUCCAUCAGUCCUUUUGGAAAGAAAAGGAGGGCAAAUUGCAGGGAUGUAAGUGAUUUGUGACCUUUGUACAUGCAUGUUUCUAAAUAAAAUCCCAUAUAAAAGA